GGUGCUGGCGCGGGAUGGGCUCUCUCAGACUGUUUCGAUCGAUUAUUUGUGCCACAUAAGCGGUAUCUUGGACGUAGUCGUCGGACUUUCCUCAUUGCUCUCCUUGUUGCCUUCAUCUGUCUGGUGGCUCUGAUCAUUGGUCUGGCAGUGGGGCUUUCGAAGAAGUCGGAGAGUCGAUUCUUGCCGCUUCCAACCAAUACCGAUCACUUCACCGGAGAAUUAACCUACUACGGUACCGGUCUCGGAGCCUGCGGCGUGACCUCCACUGACAACGACGCCAUCGUCUCUGUGUCGCACUAUCUGUACGAUGCUGUUCAGACCGGUAGUGAUCCAAAUCAGAAUCCGCUUUGCGGGAAGAAGAUCAGAGCCAUAAGGGUAGAUGAACGCACUGGCAAGCAGGUCAGCAUCGACCUGAAGGUCGUUGAUAGAUGUAUAACAGGCACUGGCUGUGAGCCUACGGAUCUCGACGUCAGCCCUGCAAUGUUCGACAAGAUGGCAGAUCACGAUCUAGGAAGAGUGACGAUGACAUGGGCUUGGAUA